GAAGAAUAUACCGGAAGUAAGAAAUUCGUAUCGCAAAUGAUUUUUCUUUUUAUUAGUUGUUUUUGUGUAUAUCAGCCAAGGAAGCCUAUAUCUUAAACAGUUAGAUAUGGGAAGACGAAGAUCAUAUUCGGAGUCUGAUGACUCAUCAGAUGAUUCCUCAAUGAGUCGCAGCCCCUCACCACAAAAAUCAAAUAAGCACAGGCGGCAAAGGUCACAAUCUGUAGAGCGAAAUAGACGACACAGGUCAAGGUCAUCAGAUCGCUAUAAUAAUAGGAGAUCAAGAUCACCACAAAAGCACAGACGUUACAAAUCUCGAUCCCGUUCACGAUCUCCAAAGUAUAGUAAAAGACAUAGAUCCAGAUCACCAAUGCAUAGAUCACGUUCCAGAUCUCGAUCCAAAACUCAAAGUAAACGAUACAAGUCACCAUCAGAUUCCCCAAAACGUCAAAAACGCAGGCAUUCAAGAUCUAGGUCUCCUGAUACCCAUAAGCAUAGUAAACAAAGUGACUUUAAAAGGGAAUCUAGAAACAAUGAUAUUCAAUAUGAAACUAGCAGAGACUCUAAAGGACGAGGAAAUUAUGAAGCUGAUAGGAACUCCUCUAGAUCUGGAUCACAUUUUGACCGAGGGGCAAACUCAGCACCACAUCAUACAGGAUCGGGAUAUAAGCAUCACAGAGAAAUGAAUGGCAGGUCUGAAGAAGAGCUCCUAGAAUUCUUUGACAAGAGACGUCAAGAUCGUGAAAAGAUUGGUGUUCUGGGAGCUAUUGAGGUAUGGGGAAUGUCCCCCCAGGCUGAGCUUGAAAACUCUGAAGCCAGUAGUGCAUCAGAAGAUGGGAGCGAAGUCAGCUCAGAAGAUAAUUCUAAGAAAAAGAAGAAAAGAAAGAAGGAAAAGAAAUCAAAGAAGAAGAAAUCCAAAAAGAAAAAGAAAAAACACAAGAAGCGUAUCCAUAGCGAUGGAGAAGAGGAACCAAUGUGGGUUGAGAAAACACUCAAACCUGUUGCCAAGGCAGUGAGAAGUGACAGCGAGACUAGCGAUAGCGAAGAUGAGGAGACCAACUUUAUCGGGCCAGUGCUUGGUGAUGGUAGUGAAGAGAUUCAGUCUAAGCUUGACUAUGGUAAAGCCCUGCUGCCUGGAGAGGGUGCUGCCAUGGCUGCAUAUAUCGCAGAUGGGAAACGUAUUCCACGUAGAGGAGAGAUCGGGUUGGAACCAGAGGAGAUUGAAGCAUAUGAAAAGACAGGCUACGUCAUGAGCGGAAGCAGACAUCGGAGAAUGGAAGCUGUCCGUCUGCGUAAAGAGAAUCAGAUUUACAGUGCUGAUGAAAAGAGGGCGCUGGCGAGCUUCAAUUAUGCUGAGAGAUCGAAACGUGAAAACAAGAUUUUAUCACAGUUCAAAUCACUUGUACAUAAAAAGACAUCUGGCAAGAAAUAAAACAUAUAGUUCUGCUGUCCUUCACUCGAUUGAGUCCCUUUUCACACAUA